GCGGCGGACGGGGCGGGGCUUCAAGAGAGAGGGAGGGAAGGAGGCAAAAGGAUAAGAACGGGAGAGGAGCUGGCGCCUACGGUGGCCGAAGAGGGACGCGCAGAGCCGGAGGCUGCAGGAUGAUGCGAUUUAUGCUGCUGUUCAGCCGGCAGGGGAAGCUGCGGCUACAAAAAUGGUACCUGGCCACCUCGGACAAAGAGCGAAAGAAGAUGGUUCGGGAGCUAAUGCAGGUCGUUCUGGCUCGCAAGCCCAAGAUGUGCAGCUUCCUGGAGUGGAGGGACCUCAAAGUUGUCUAUAAGAGAUAUGCCAGCCUCUACUUCUGCUGCGCCAUCGAGGGCCAAGACAACGAGCUUAUCACGCUGGAGCUGAUCCACCGGUACGUGGAGCUCCUGGACAAAUACUUCGGCAGCGUUUGCGAGCUGGACAUCAUCUUCAACUUUGAGAAGGCCUACUUCAUCUUGGAUGAGUUUCUGAUGGGGGGUGACGUCCAGGACACCUCCAAGAAGAGUGUGCUGAAGGCUAUCGAGCAGGCGGACCUGCUGCAGGAGGAGGAUGAGUCGCCGCGCAGUGUGCUGGAGGAGAUGGGUCUGGCCUAGCCUCCGCCCGGGGCCACGUGGACAUGUGGGGAGCUGGUGGAGAGGCAGGGCAUCGGUGGCCCUUUUCUUGGUGGGACCCAGCUGCCCCUCCUCUGCUGCCUCACCUUCUUUUGCAGUGAGCUGUGGGCUCAGGACCCUCAAACAUUCCCUCCCUCCACCCCCUACCUCCUGUUUCCUCUUUUCCCACUGAAGGUUUUAGGAGCUAGGAGGCAGGAAAAUGUGACCAAGUCGGGGGUGCUAUUUGGCUUUCAUCCCCUGCCUUUGAAGAACUAAUGUCACCCCAAACUCCCCCCCACCCUUAUAACUGUAAAUAUAUAAAUAUGUCAGGUUAAAGGGAAAAGGUUUUCAGGGCUCUUCUCUUCUCCCUGCCCCAUAACCUACCUCCAGCCCUCCCCGCAGCCAGCCAGGGCAGCUUCUCUGCCUGGGAGGGGGACCUCCGUGUCUCCAGAGGGAAGUCCUUUUCCCUCAUCUGUCUCCUCCCCUUCCUUCUUGGCUGCAGUGGGGCCUCCGUUCAGUUCCAGGGGAGGAGCAACAUAGUUAAUUUUUUUCUAACCUUGCUACUUUGAGGAAAGGGAGGGCUGGGGGAAGGGUAGGCUUUACAGAAGACUGGGCCCUGUCCCUCCUUCACUCCGAGUUCCCGGUGAGGCAGGAGCUAAGUGGGUGGGGUGGGGAAAGUGUCUGAUUUUGUUUUCUUUUCCUCUAAAAUAAAAGGAAAAGCAUUUCUGGAC